UUGCCAUUUCUUUCUUUCUUUUUUAUUUCCAUUAUUUUCUUUCUUUCUUUUUAUUUCUAUUUCUUUCGUUCUAUUUCCCAUUAUUUAUUUAUUUAUUUAUUUCGUUCUUUCUUUUAUUUCCAUUUCUUUCUUUCUUUCUUUCUUUCUUUCUUUCUUUCUUUCUUUCUUAUUUCCACUUCUUUCUUUUUCAUUCUUUCAUUCUAUUUCCAUUUCAUUUUUCUUUCUUUCUUUUUUCUUUCUUCUUUCACAUUUCCAUUUCUUUCUUUCUUUCUUUCUUUCUCAUUUCCAUUUCAUUCUUUCAUUCUUUCUUUCUUUCUUUUUUCUUUCUUCUUUCACAUUUCCAUUUCUUUCUUUCUUUCUUUCUUUCUUUCUUUCUCAUUUCCAUUUCAUUCUUUCUUUCUUUCUUUUUUCUUUCUUCUUUCACAUUUCCAUUUCUUUCUUUCUUUCUUUCUUUCUUUCUUUCUUUCUUUCUUUCUUUCUUUCUUUCUUUCUUUCUCAUUUCCAUUUCAUUCUUUCUUUCUUUCUUUGUUCUUUCUUCUUUCACAUUUCCAUUUCUUUCUUUCUUUCUUUCUUUCUUUCUUUCUUUCUUUCUUUUUUCUUUCAUUUCCAUUUCAUUCUUUCUUUCUUUCUUUUUUCUUCUUUCACAUUUCCAUUUCUUUCUUUCUUUUAACUCUUUCUUUUUCUUUCUCAUUUCCAUUUCAUUCUUUCUUUCUUUCUUUUUUCUUUCUUCUUUCACAUUUCCAUUUCUUUCUUUCUUUCUUUCUUUCUUUCUUUCUUUCUUUCUCAUUUCCAUUUCAUUCUUUCUUUCUUUCUUUUUUCUUUCUUCUUUCACAUUUCCAUUUCUUUCUUUCUUUCUUUCUUUCUCAUUUCAUUUCAUUCAUUCUUUCUUUCUUUUUUCUUUCUUCUUUCAUUUCCAUUUCUUUCUUUCUUUCUUUCUCUUUUCCAUUUCAUUCUUUCUUUCUUUCUUUCUUUUUCUUUCUUUCUUUCUUUCUUUCUUUUUCUUUCUCAUUUCCAUUUCAUUUUCUUUCUUUCUUUUCUUUUUCUUUCUUUUUUCUUUCUUUCUUUUUUCUUUCUUUUUCCAUUUCCAUUUCUUUCUUUCUUUCUUUUUUCUUUCUUUUCCAUUUUCUUUCUUUCUUUCCAUUUCAUUUCUUUCUUUCUUUUUUUUUUUCUUUCUUUCAUUUCCAUUUCUUUCUUUCUUUCUUUCUUUCUUUCUCAUUUCCAUUUCAGGAGCGUUCUUUCUUUCUUUUUUUUUCUUCUUUCACAUUUCCAUUUCUUUCUUUCUUUCUUUCUCAUUUCCAUUUCAUUCUUUCUUUCUUUCUUUUUUCUUUCUUCUUUCACAUUUCCAUUUCUUUCUUUCUUUCUUUCUUUCUUUCUUUCUUUCUCAUUUCCAUUUCAUUCUUUCUUUCUUUCUUUUUUUUUCUUUCUUUCUUUCCAUUUCCUUUCUUUCUUUCUUUCUUUCUUUCCAUUUCCAUUCUUUCUUUCUUUCUUUUUUUUCUUUCUUCUUUCCACAUUUCCAUUUCUUUCUUUCUUUCUUUCUUUCUUUCUUUCUUUUCCAUUUCAUUCUUUCUUUCUUUCUUUUUUCUUUCUUCUUUCACAUUUCCAUUUCUUUCUUUCUUUCUUUCUUUCUUUCUUUCUUUCUUUCUUUCUUUCUCAUUUCCAUUUCAUUCUUUCUUUCUUUUUUCUUUCUUCUUUCACAUUUCCAUUUCUUUCUUUCUUUCUUUCUUUCUUUCUUUCUUUCUUUCUUUCUCAUUUCCAUUUCAUUCUUUCUUUCUUUUUUCUUUCUUCUUUCACAUUUCCAUUUCUUUCUUUCUUUCUUUCUCAUUUCCAUUUCAUUCUUUCUUUCUUUCUUUUUUCUUUCUUCUUUCACAUUUCCAUUUCUUUCUUUCUUUCUUUCUUUCUUUCUCAUUUCCAUUUCAUUCUUUCUUUCUUUCUUUUUUUUUUUUUCUUUCACAUUUCCAUUUCUUUCUUUCUUUCUUUCUUUCUUUCAUUUCCAUUUCAUUCUUUCUUUCUUUCUUUUUUCUUUCUUCUUUCACAUUUCCAUUUCUUUCUUUCUUUCUUUCUUUCUCAUUUCCAUUUCAUUCUUUCUUUCUUUCUUUCUUUUUUCUUUCUUCUUUCACAUUUCCAUUUCUUUCUUUUUUUCUUUCUUUCUCAUUUCCAUUUCAUUCUUUCUUUCUUUCUUUCUUUUUUCUUUCUUCUUUCACAUUUCCAUUUCUUUCUUUCUUUCUUUUCUUUCUUUCUCAUUUCCAUUUCAUUCUUUCUUUCUUUCUUUCUUUCUUUCUAUUUCCAUUCCCUUCUUUCAUUUUGAACUUUGACCUUUAA